AUGCCGGAGCUUGGUUUCAAGCCGGAGAGGAAUUUGAUCAGGCGGUGCCGCGGUUGCUUGCGUGAUUUGAAGUUCGUCCACGGCGCUAUCGUUGGCAGCGGCCUCGACAGUAGCAGAUACCUUGCCAACCUCUUCAUCGACGCCUAUGGUCGUGCUGGUAGCUUCCAACUCGCCACCCGCACUUUCGACGCCAUCCAGGUUCCGAACCUCCACUCUUGGAACACUCUCCUCGCGGCACAGGCCCGCACCGGGCACUUGUCACACCUUUCGGCUGCUUUUCACACAAUGCCCCACCGCGACAUUGUCUCGUGGAACACCAUGCUGGCUGCGCUUGACUCGUGCCAGGAUCUCCGCGUGACUGAAAAUUUCUUUCAGAGAAUGCCGUGCAGAGACGUGGUGUCCUGGACGAGCAUCUUGCAAGCAAAUGCCUGUAGAGGGGAUUUUUUGGUCGUGCUUGAAAUAUUUGGUGCAAUGCCCCAGCGCAAUGUGGUCAGCUGGGCGGUGCUAAUAGAUGCAUGCGCGCGAGCGGAGAGUCUUGGCUAUGCUACAUUAGCAUUUUCAAAGAUUCCGUGGAGAAAUGCAGUGUCCUGUACUGCAGUCUUUACCACGAUUGCCCGCACCGGGCAUCAUCUGCGAGCAAUGAAAUGUUUCGAAGGGAUGCGAGAAAGAGAUGUCGUGUCCUGGACCGUGCUGCUCCAAUCCCUCGUAGACGUGGAUUCAAUUCAAAAAAUCUUUCUUUUGAUGCCGCAACGCACUGUGAUAUCAUGGAACAUUGUCGUCGCAGCAUACGCUUUAAACGGGCACCUUGUAGAAGCUUGGCAGGAAUUUGAAUCUAUGCUCGAAAGAGAUGUAGUCUCCUGGAAUCUGCUAAUGCGGGCGACUUCUCUGGCGGGUCAAAUCGAGAGCGCAAAGGCUUUCAUGGAAAAGAUGCCUCAAAGAGAUUCCGUCUCGUGGAACACACUGCUUCACUGCUACGUGCAAUGCAAGCUCUUGGCUGAGGCGGAGACCCUCUUCAAGAAUAUGCCUCAGCGCGACGCGGUAUCGUGGAAUCUAAUCGCCCAUGCAUUUACCCAGGAAGGGUAUCUAGGUGAUGCGAAAGAAACAAUAGCAAAUAUGGCCCAACAUGACAUUGUCUCGGGGACGAUCCAAAUCACACUCCUCGCCCAAAGUGGGCAUUGCGAGCAAGCGAAAAGCGUGUUUGACUCGAUGCCACUAGUCAACCUGCUGACGUGGACGUCUCUUGUGGAGGCAUAUGCCCAAAACGGGCAUUUGUCGGACGCACUCCACAUCGUGUGGAAGAUGUGCUGUGACGGCUGGGAGCCCAACGAGCUGACAUUUGGCGCAGUCCUUGUCGGCUACAGCCAUGCAGGAAUGCUGGAGGAUGGGCGACAGUGCUUCCUGUCGCUGCAGUCCAGCUUUGGGAUAUCUCCGACACAAGAGCACUACUGCUGCGUGGUGGAUUUGCUGGCGCGGUGCAACCAGCUGGGUGACGCCGAGGAGCUCAUCCGGAGCAUGCCACUGGUGCCAAGCGCGGCGGCGUGGACGAGCCUGUUGGGAGCUUGCCGGAUCAAUGGCGACUUCCUGCGAGGAGAGAUGGUAGCUCGGCAAAUGCUCGAGCUCGAUGAAGCCACUGCUUACUUGCUGCUUGCAAACACCUUCUCGCAGUGA